UUGUCCUCAGUGCUCUUUGCUUAAAAAUAGCGGCCAGUGAAUAGAAUAAAACAAAUGUAAAAAUUCUUAGGAAAUAAAUUAAAGAGAGGUGGUAGUGAACUUUCCGUUGUUUCCUGAGUUACAGUAAACGCGUUUGUGUAUGAAUGAAGUUCGUAGCCGUGGCGUUGUAGUGUAAGGUCUAUGAUGUUGACAAAGCUGCCGUAUUGGUAGUCGAAGUGACGGAUGAAAUUUGUGUACCGUAUAAUAUGCGUUAUGAAAGAUUGGAACCCGAAAAACCACUGCUUUGAGAUAUCAGGAAAGAUUGUUGCACGUAGCAGAGAGAAGUUCCACCCCUAUGUCAAACACCACAGGGAAACUGAGAGGUCCUGGACGACCUCCGAAACCCAGAACCUCAUGUACGUGGUGUAAUGAAAAUAAGCUCCCGUUGAAGUAUAUACUUCCCACUCAACAUGCUAAGAAAGAAUUCUGCUCUGAAACUUGUUUGUCAGAGUUCAGAAAAGCAUAUAUUAAGGGAGCUUGCUUGGUGUGCGACAAUGUUAUACGUGGAACACCUGUUCGGCUUGAGCAACAGGGUGGUCCAACAAAGGACUUCUGUAGCACUUUCUGUCUUAACAAGCACACAAAGAAGGAGCAAGCUGCUCAGCUAGCAGAUCAAAAGAGAGUUACAGGGUCUGAUCAACGGACAAUAAAUUCGCCUCCCACGGCUACUGUGCAGUCUGUGCCUCCAGCAUCACAGCUUGAUUCCACAAACAGCACAUUUGAUUGGGAUUCUUAUCUUAAAGAAACAAAUAGUGUCGCAGCUCCUCCAGAAUUUUAUAAGCAGGCUCUCACUCCGCCAACUAACGACUUUCAGAUUGGAAUGAAACUAGAAGCUUUGGACCCGAGGAACUUGACUUCUACAUGUAUUGCUUCUGUUGUUGGUAUUCUUGGACCACGUUUGCGCCUAAGACUGGAUGGAAGUGACAACAAGAAUGACUUUUGGCGUUUGGUGGAUUCAAAUGAAAUACACCCAAUUGGACAUUGUGAGAAACAUGGUGGAAUGUUACAGCCGCCACUAGGUUUUCGGAUGAAUGCUUCAUCAUGGCCAAUGUUCCUUCUAAAAACCCUCAAUGGUGCAGAAAUGGCACCAGCAAAGAUCUUCAAGAAGGAACCCCCAACACCAAGAAGCAAUCAGUUUCAGAUUGGAAUGAAACUGGAAGCAGUUGACAAAAAGAAUCCCCAACUCAUUUGUGCAGCUACAAUUGGUGCUGUUAAGGGGGAAAUGAUCCAUGUCACUUUCGAUGGUUGGAGAGGUGCCUUUGAUUAUUGGUGCCGUUUUGAUUCGAGAGACAUCUUCCCUGUUGGUUGGUGUGCAAAAAGUGGCCAUCCAUUGCAGCCACCUGGGCAAAAGACAGCCCAUGGAGCAAGUCGGUACAAAACCAGAGUGUGCAAUAUUCCUCCACCACUUGCUGUUUCAUGUGGUGCAACCUCAUCUGAGCAGGUGUUGCCAGGCAGCAGUGUUGGAGAAAAGGAAUCGUCUGUGACAAUUACUGAGCCAGACACAUCAAGUUCACAAAAGCAGCCAUCUGCAUUUUGCAUAUUCAUUAACCAUGGCUGCACAUGUGGUCCAUAUCUGGAUCCACGUAAAGUAUCGGAAUUGCCAGUGAUGUAUAAUGCCAAGAACAUAAACAGAUUACUCAGAGACUUUGUGCAGUCUCUUGUAGAUGCUGCAUUAGAUCAGAAGCAAAUAUUUGGCAUUUUGAGACAAGGUGAAGGAAAGGUUGUUAUAUCAGUUGCCUUUGACAGUAAAACUGUUGAUGUCCGUCUCCCAGCCAUUGAAAAGAUGUCCGAUUUGUGGAGUUUCUUGGAAAUUCUUUUCGAGGAACUCAUGUGCUGUGAAAAUUUUUGUACAAGCCGGCCUCUGGGAGGUUUGUGCCCCAAGUGUUCAAAGCAGUUAACGCCACCGGCACCUAAGACAGAAGAUUGUGAAGUGAGCACUGAAGGUGGCUCAGAUAGCAGUACAGCUGUGAAACGAAGGUGGUCUUCAGAAAGCUCAGAUUCAAGUUCUCGUCCUGGACAGAGUCCGACAACAGCAGCGGCAGCAAGCACAACUACUGCAUAUUCAUCUGUGGCAUCCACAACAGCACCAUCAGCUAAGCAGCCUAGAAAAUCUGUUCCAGCAGAACUAGAAGCAGCAACUUCAACCACUCACUCUGAAGCACCGCCAAAAACACCAACAGACCCGUCUGAAUGGUCCAUAGAGGAUGUAAUACAGUACAUUGCCUUUGUAGAUCCAGCUUUGGGAACACAUGCAGAACUGUUCAGAAAACAUGAAAUAGAUGGGAAAGCUCUGCUUCUCUUAAAUUCAGAUAUGAUGAUGAAGUACAUGGGUUUGAAGUUGGGGCCUGCUCUAAAAAUUUGCAAUUUAGUCAACAGGAUAAGAGGAAGAAGGCACUUACCUUUAUGACAAUAAUGGAAACCUUCUCUUAUGAAGGUUUCAAUUUCUUUUGGAAAAUGGAUACUGUGGUCAGUAAAGAAAGCCGUGGAGCAAACUUGUAUAUCAUUGCAGCUUAGUUGUAGUGUGAUGGCAGCUCAUGUGCCUGAAGAAGAGAACCUACAGAAAUAAGGAAAAUUUUGUUUUCGUGCACAUAUGUCAUCGAUCUGCAUGUUUGUACACCAUAGCCCAUAAGGAACUGAAGCCUAUCUCAGUACGAGAGGAGUAGUUUGUGUUAACAAAUUUUUGUAUGUAUGUCUAUGGCAACCAUUUGGCCAUUUUGUCUGUUUUCAGAUUUUUUAAUUUUUAUAGAUACAUAUAAUUAUUUUAUUAUAAUUGAAGCCAAUGGUGCACUGUUCAGAAUAGCUCCAUGGAUAAUUUAUUUUACAUGUUGAUUGAUGAUGACUGUUAUAAAUUGAAACAGUAAUUUCAAGGACACCUUAGGUGAUUAUGAUUGGUGAAAUGUGUAUGUAUUUUGAAAUACAGCACAAGUAAUGCAUUACAGGAAUACUAAUUAUGAUGAACCAAAAUUCUGAGUAGGUAUGUGGAGUUUUAUUAAUACAGCAAGCAGAACUGUGUAGAGGCUGGCCUCGUCACUGAAUGCCAGAUAUCUGAGUGCCCAUUUCUGUUACUCAUAUUUUAAUUUUUUACUGUAAUGAAAAUGUUUGUCUUAACAUUUCUCACUGUAGAUUGAGUAAUGGACAGUUUAAAGAUUAUAUAUUUUACUUGGGUAUGAAACUCGUGGUUUGAAGAGCUCAGUUAAUAUGAGCAAAUCGCAGAAUUUUUCACAUUAUUGUUUGUGAUAAUUACAAAAAAUUGUCUACAUUGUUAUAAUUUGUUGAUCAUGUACAUUAUAUGUUUUGAGCUUGAUUUGUGGGUAUAGAAAUAUGAACAUUUGUGUAAACUUGAAUAGGAUUCUAUGUGCUCCAUUUUUUUUUCUUAUAUGUUGUUUUUAAUUUUUGUGUAUUUUAUUCCUUUCUCACAAUGAGAAUGACAGACAGUGGUAGAACCACAUUUUAUUCAGAUUGACAGAAGCAAGUUGCAUUUGAGUCAUGGGAAGUCCAAGGUAGGAAUAAUAUUUGAAUAGGUUGAUGAUGGAUCACAAAAAUGUUAGAUGAACUGAAAAAAGGUCUACUAUUUCCUCUCCUCCCUUUCUCUUUUUUGCAAUUUGGGGGAUAAUAUUUAUAUGUAUUUGGCACUUUUAUUGUUCCCAUUGUAUGGUCAUGUUUCUUAAGCAAGCCUUUCUGCUGCACAUUGGCCUUGUGUGUCCUAUGUCACAUGUGCACCAUGUUUGUGUGUAAGCCCACAGUAUGGUGGAAGCUCACCUUAGGAGAGAGAUGGCUGCUAAAAAUUAUGAAUAAGAGGGACAUUAAGGUGUAAACACAGCUCUAUGAAAAGAUGUGGAUAUUUCUUUUCACAGAAACUGAUGACGUACAUACAUGAGUAGCUUUUGCAUUGAGUUAAACAAUCUGCAGAUAUCAAAAGUUACCUGAUCUGUUAAGGUACAUAUCCUUCACACAUUACAUUCUUCCUACUUCUAAAUGGGGAAUUUCCUGUAAAAAAAGUGAGACUUCAAAUAAAAUACUGUGUUGAUUUCUUUUCUUUCCUUUGUUAUUAGUUAUAUCAUAGUCUGUCUUUGCCUUUUUUGUCCUAGCACUUUCUUUUUUAUGUUUUUUUUUAAUAUGUUGUAUGUCAUAGUCAAAGAGGGGAGAGUAGGUUAUAAUAGCAAUGCGUUCAGUUUAGCCAGGAACAAGUUUUCUAGGUUUGUGGUAGGGCUUACCAAGCUGGAAUAAUAUUCAAAUGGUUAAUGAUUUGCUCGACAUGUAUUGAGCAGUGCAUAUUUGUGCAAGUUUGUGUGUGUGUGUGUGUGUGUGUGUGUACUAUAUCUUCAGCAAAUCUUUAAAUAAAUUGAAGAGAGAUGUAGAAAUUUCAUUCUUUUAGGAAGUAAACUUGAAAAUGCAUUAGAGAUUUGUUAAAUACAUCAAAGAAACUCUUAACAACUAUAACUACUAGUACUACUACUAUAAUAAUCACUAUUAUUAUUUUUUUUAUUAUUGUCAGGAUGUGGUAUGCCUCUUUUCUGAACUGGCCAUUGUUCCACAAAUCAACCUUGAGUGGCCAUGUGCACCGCAUUUACAUGCAAAGGCUGCAGUGUAAACACAACGUAGUACAGAGUUUGUAACCACACAUUACGAGUAAGAGUGAAGUAAAGAUAUAAAUACGGAUGUUUCACAUUUCAGAAACUGACAGGAUAAAAGUGGGAGUAACUUUGACAGUAAUCCAAAAGCUUCUGUAGGUAUCAGGUAUCUCCUGAUGUUUCAGAUUGUAUGUACAGAAAUAAUCGUCUGUGUAUUGUAUGUAAAAAAAAACAAAAAUCCUGUAAAAGGACAACAGUGUGACUUUCAGUAAACACUGUGUAUAUCUCAGUUCUUACUGUUCUGUUUUCUGUGUAUCUUUUUGACAAUUUUAUUUUGUGCUCGAAAUGGAAAGGAAAGACAAUGGCAAACCUGUAUUCUAUUCGGUCAGACACAAGUAAGUCAUAUUUGUGGCUGAGGAAGUCCAAGAACAAUACCUAAAUAGGUUUGUUAGUUUUACUUGACAGAUGUAGAUGUCUGUGUGUGUUACAUCACACCAAGCAAGGUGGCACGGUGGAUAGCACACUGGACUCUCACUCAGGAGAACAAUGGUUCAAAUCCAUGUCUAGCCAUCCAUAUUUAGGUUUUCCACAAUUUCCCUAAAUUGCUCCUGGCAAAUGCCGUGUUGUUUCCUUUGAAAGGACACAGACAAUCUCCAUCCCCAAACCUGGAACAUUCUGAGCUUGUGCUCCAUCAGUAAUGACCUUGAUGUUGACAGGACAUUAAACACUAAUCUUCCUUCCUUCAUGUUAUUUCACCAGUUAAAUGUGUGUAAAAUCAGUCAGUAAACUAGGUCUUUGUAGUGUUCUUCGGGGGAUGGCGGAAAUCCAGAGAGAAAUGGAGAGGAUGCUCCAGCGUGUCAAAAACUGCAAAAGGAACUACUGAAUCUCAAAAUUAUGGAGUGGUGUUAGCUAUGAAGUUGUGUUGCUUUAUUCUUGUCAACAGAAUUGGUGUUAUUUCAUUAUCUAUUUAGAGCAUUAGUUACAAAAACAAAAAAGAAAAGGAAGUGAUGAAUAGAUAAUGGCAAGUUAUGACUUCAAUCAUACAAGAUGAUAAAAAUGUUGGAUUAUGAAAAACUUUUAAGCAGAGAGAAGGUACACAAUGUAAUAAGAAAAAGAAAGUAGUACUGCUGCAAAAAGUUAAUUAAGUACUAUUAGCAGCAUUAAAACAUGGCAUUAGCACUCUGUUGGUCACUGAAAAAUGCACUGCAUUCCUUAUAACUUGAAAUGCUUGGACAACAUCAGAGUAACAAAAUGUGGUGAGCGAUGUGAUUCAAUGAAAGUAAUGUUUCUAACUGCAAAGAAAUGAUAACUGUAUUAAUGGAGAUGACAAAAGGUACCCAUUUGGCUGAAGUGCAUAAAAAUAAUGCAGCACAGUGGAGAGAAUCUGGAAAUUAUAUAGAUUCUAAGGAAAAGAAAACUACAUUAUACUCUGAAGGGAAGAUAUCUCAACAAAGGGCAUUUGUAAAUUGGCUGGCACUACAGAAUUAAGGACUACAGACAGAAAUGUACAAAGUAAUCUUUGGUUUUUCAUUCAUCCAUAUAAUACACAACAGUAAAGAGCCAGUUGUAUAAUUACAUUUAUACAAUUUAAACAGAUGAAAUCAAAAGAUAAAUUAAGGAUGUUUUGAAGACACUGUAUCCUUAUGAAUAUUGAAACAUAUAUUUAUAAGACCAGGAAACCUUUAAAAUGUUUUCUCUUAAAGUAGCUACAGAUGUUUAGUAUGUGCCAUGGAGAAGAUACAGAAAGCCUUUGAUUUCAAUAGGUACCCUCCAAAUCCACCCUAUUACUUUAGGAAUAUAUUGUCCGUACAACUUCGGAGCAGACACAUGGGAAAUGUCUUUGAGACUUGUAAAAAAUUAAAUUAUUUGCAAACUUUUUAUAUGGAAUAGCAGGACUUACUAAAAUAGUCAGCAUGUUGCAAUAUGUACUGAGUUUACCGGGUGUCAUAAAUUACGUUAGGCAAAUGCUGAGAUGAUUGUUUCAGCAAGGCUAUGGUCAAUUUCUGUACCCAUACUUGCCCAGCUAAGCUUUCACUGCAUCUCCAGUGAUCCUGACAUAAGUAUGAUGUUAAACUGUCAUCUCUAUUGCUUUCAUUUUAUCAAAGUAAUAUAUAUUAACUUAUUUCGAUCUUAUUGUUUGUCUCAUUUAGUGAGCAUCGUGUCCAGCACACAGGUCCAGCUAUACUUUGAUAAAUAAUGUCAAACAAAAUUAGUAUUUCUGAAGAAUUACUAAUUUAGAUUUAUCUCACUGCAUUUGCAACAUGACACACUGACUUUGGAUAACAUACUGCAAAAAUAUAAAAGCAAAGGCGUACAUAGCUUGUGCAAUUAAUAGUCAAGAAAUGAGUUCCUGUGUACGUGGCAAAGUACUCCAGAUGUGUACUGAGCGAGGUGGCGCAGUGGUUAGCACACUGGACUCGCAUUCGGGAGGACGACGGUUCAAUCCCGCAUUUGGCCAUCCUGAUUUAGGUUUUCCAUGAUUUCCCUAAAUCGCUUCAGGCAAAUGCUGGGAUGGUUGCUUUGAAAGGGCACAGCUGACUUCCCUUCCCCAUCCUUCCCUAAUCCGAUGAGAAUGACGACUUCGCAGUUUGGUCUCUUCCCCCAAAUCAACCCAACUCAACUCCAGGCGUGUAAGAGAUAAUGGUGUUUACCAGAUCAUGAUACGAGUUAUAGAAUUAAGACAUAUUUUGCACUGUGGGCCCCAAAGAACAAAAGUUAUGAGUUAUAGAAGUUGUGAAAAACAGCAAACUUAGCUGUCAUAAGCAAAUGAUAAUCAGCAAAAUUCAUGCACUACAUCUGACAUGACUGACUGAGCAUAUGGUAGAAUUUGUGGCAUGAAGUACCUGAUGAACCAGUACGAAUAAAAACAAUAAAAAUGAGAAUGUAGUGUGAAAAAGGUUUCACGGAAUUAAGCUGUGCAUAUUUACUGCUCCAUUGCUCUGUACCUGAAUUCUGAUAAUGUAAUAAUCCAAAACAUAAAUAAGAAAGAUCUCAAAUAUAAAAUGAUAGUUCUAUAAGAAGAAGAUGCCCUUGGUAUACCUUGUCCUUUAAAUGCUUAUGCUGAUAGGUAUUGUCACAUCUCAUUUGUUAAUUUGUAUUAUGACUGGCACAACAAUCACCUUAAUUGGUGUGAUACUCUCAUUCGCUACAGUGGGAUGCCCUCCUAGUAUCAUACUGCACAUAUCAUUCCAGCUAUUCUCAUGGCAAUAUUCUGUAGUUGGUGUUGAUUUCAGAUACCGAAACAAUCACUUCACAAAAGUGUAACUAACACUUAAUUCUCUAGACUAUCUAAUUACAUGUGGGACGUAACUCAUUGAAAAGAAGGUUGAAGAGAACCUAGAUAGUGUGUUCAGUGUCUUAUAGUUUCGCAGAAAUGUAAGGGUAUUUUCUUCUCACAAAGGACCAUGCAAGCAUCUCAUCCAUAUUUUUUAAACAUUUAUUCUCAGCAUAUAAUGUGUGUCCAGGAUCUGCUUAAUGAUAUUAAAUAUUAAUUGUAGAUUGGUACAUGCACAGAACUGUGAUACUGUAAAGAUUAAUCAAGCUAUCUGCACUAAAAAUAUCAUAUAUAAAGUUGAGAUUGUGGCAUGUUUAAUUGAUUGGACUAACAUAGUGGAGGUUUCAGUAAUAUCAACAAAUGUUCAGAAUGGCCAUAAAUCUUUCCUGGUAUGCUUACAAAUGUAAUGGGCCAGAUUCUCACAAGGUUAUCAGUGAAGUAAGCUCAGAAAGCAGUAGCCAGUAUAUACUCAUUUUCAGUUAAAAAUAUGUGCACUGCUAUCCGAGUAUCUAGUUAUGGUAGAUGUGUUUAUCAGCUGCAGUGAGAAUCCACAGUCAAAGAGAAGUUGAAAGUUUUAAUAUACUUUGGUUUAUAAAUCAUUUUAUGUUUGUUACAAAACUACAGGAUGUGUAGAUACUGAACUGUGAUAAUCAUAGAAAAACUAAGAGUCGGCAUAUAUUUUCACAUUUUGUAACUGUAAGAUCUGCACUGAAUUCACUUCAUAAAAAUAAACUUAACAAGAGAAGUAUUAAGUUGCCUGAAUUCAAAUGUAUAUUGUUUGAAAUUGUAGAUGUAAAUGUAGAAUGCCUAUUUGUUAUUAAUGGAAGCUAUAUUCAUUUAGAUGAAAGUGCAACAUAAGAUGUAACUGAGAUUUAAUAGUUUCAAGCUAUAAUUUGAUUUCUUAGUCUAUUGACUAUAAUUAUUUCACAAAUUGUCAUUUUCUCCAAUUUGUGCUACUUAUAUAAGUUUUAUUUCAAGAGCCAUCACAGCAGAUUUGCAUGUCUGCUUACUAUUGUAGUACAAGCUUUUAACAUGAAUAAGCAAGUUUUUUCCUUGAUAAAAUAUGAAGAGAAGUCAGUAUUGAGUGCUUUAUAUCUACCUUCCUGUUCUUUGGAAGGAUCAGAGUUUUAAGUUUUAUGUGAAUAAAGUAUUCUGAUUUGAAGUCCACCUUUA